AUGGAUAACAGAACAAAAAGUGAAAUUGAAACCAAGGCAAAAGAUAUUUUUGGUCUAGGUGACAAGGACAACAAAGAAGGUGGAAAGGGAAUUGGUGGUAUUGGUGGUGGUCAUGACUCAAAGACUCAUGGAAAUAUUGGUGACAAGAAACAAUCUGGAGGAUCAAUGGCCAAACAUUGUGAAGAAGAUGUUCGUGGUGGAACCAGUGGUAUCAAAGAUGAUAUUGCCAACCCAAACCCUGAAGGAAAACAAAAUAUGAUGUAA